AGGUUGUGAAUGCAUAUAACAAUGUUUGUGCAGCCGCUGUUGCUUCUCACUAUAAUGAACUCUUUGGUUGCUCAGAAUGCUCAAGGCUUGAUGUGCAGUGACAUGACAUUUCGAGAAGCAGAACAGCAGCAUGGUGCUGAAAUAACUGGUCUUAAUACCAGCUGUAAUGUAGCACAGCUAGUUAGUUCAGGCCUGUUGGCCUUGAAGCAACCACAGACCCCAAGCAGCAGGAACAGGGAUGGAAGUGGUGGCAACACAGUGGCAGCUGUAUUUCGAUUACUUGGUUUGGAGCCUUCACGUCUUCGAGCAGUCACUCUCAAUUCUCUUCUUUUUAUUGCACAGCUUAUCAGCAAUUUCUUCAUCCAACAAGGAGCACCCAAAAAUACUGGGAAGCAAGGAAAAAAACAUCAAGAUUCUCUGCUGCCAUGGAUCCUGCAGAAUCCUACAGUUCAGAAGUUUGUGCCAUCUGUAAAGGAUCAGUCCCUGGCUGAUCGUGUUAUGGAUGCUGUAAAUGGUCACAUUUCACAGUACGCCAAUCUGACAUGCCCUCAGCUGCUUAUUUGUAGACUCAUGCCAUUCAUUCAUGGCAUGCAGAGGUCUGUGAUUCCCCUUCUAUCAGAAGCAGACUUUUACUCCAUGACAGGGAUAAAUAUUUUCUUCAGCAGUCUCCCUGAGGAAAAAGAAAUGGAAGACAUCGCAGAUAAAUGUGGUCUGCAGUACCCAGGAUGUGUGUAUUAAUAUUUAAUAGAUACUGGAAAGAAAACACAUUUUAUAAACUAAACUUGAUGGAGUAAUGACAAUAUUAUGAAAUGGAUAGAUUGCUACUCACC